AUGUUUCAACCCUUAUGUUUCUUUUUCACCUUUUUUUUCUUUUCAUCUGUCGUAAAGUUCGUAUGCUGGACACGAGGUAAGAAUAAGGUUCGUUACCCCUCAGUCAGUCUCUUUCCGUCUGGCUUUGUUUUUCUCAUAGCCAUUUUUACCUUGUUUCUAUUACUGUUCUUGCAAACACAUUAUUUUUUACACACAUACCAAAAGAAAAAGAAAGAUGGAGAAGAGAGAAACGAAACAGAAAAGGGAAGCAGCCGCAACCUACUCCACUGUUUAUCCGUGUGCUGUACCCCCUCCCUUAAAUUUAAAUCAUCUUUUGCAUUGGCGUGUGAAUGGAAUGUGAUGGGUGGUGGUGUCUAG